AUGGGUUCUGAAAAUACCAAGCUUCCAAUUAUAGACUUCUCUCAUGAAGACCUAAAGCCAGACACACUUGUAUGGAACCAAGUGAAAAGCCAAGUCCACAAAGCACUAGUGGAAUAUGGUUGUUUUGAAGCUUCCUUUGAUAAAAUUCCAAUACAUCUUAGAAAAUCUAUUUUUGAAUCUUUACAAGAGCUUUUUGAUCUCCCUUUACAAACCAAACUUAAAAACAUUUCAAAAAAACCAUUCCAUGGCUAUGUUGGACAAUAUCCUCAAGUUCCCCUCUAUGAAAGCAUGGGCAUUGAUGAUGCUAAUAUUCCUCAUAAAGCUGAAAAAUUCACUCAAAUUCUGUGGCCUCAAGGAAAUCCUACUUUUUGUGAAACUAUUCAAUCAUAUUCAGAGCAUUUAUCUGAGUUAGACCAGACCAUCAGAAAAAUGAUUUUAGAGAGUUUAGGUGUCGAAAAAUAUAUGGAUGAGCAUAUGAAUUCAACCAAUUACCUUCUUCGAGUGAUGAAGUACAAAGGACCUCAAAACAGUGAAAUUAAACUAGGACUAAAUGCUCACACAGACAAGAAUAUUGUUACUAUAUUAUAUCAAAAUGAAGUGAGUGGUCUUGAAGUUUUGACGAAAGAUGGACAUUGGAUCAAUGUUGAUCCUACACCAGACACUUUUACCGUCAUGAUUGGAGACUCUCUAUAUGCAUGGGCGAAUGGCCGAUUGCAUUCACCGUAUCAUAGAGUAAUGAUGAGAGGAAAUGAAGCAAGGUAUUCUACUGGUUUGUUUUCAAUACCUAAAGCUGGAUAUACGAUAAAGGCACCAGAAGAGUUGGUAGAUGAAGAACAUUCCUUACUCUUUAAGCCCUUUGAUCAUGUUGAAUUCCUUGAUUUCUACUACACUGAAGAAGGCCAAAGAUGUGCAUCUGCUUUGAAGACCUAUUGUGGUGUCUAAAUUUAAUUUACUUUGAUUAUGUAAGGGAAUAAAUAUAUAUGCUCCUUGAUGAGUAUAUACUCCUUCUCUAUUUAUUUUUAUUUGUCACGUUUCGAUUCUCGACA